AAGGAGCUUCUUUUCACCCUUCGCUUUUGGGGCUGUGUUUACGUCAUUUAAUUUUAUCACACAUAAUCGUCCCAUCGCUUCAGCCAGUGUAGUGUUUUAUUAGUCGAUGUAGACCAACAACAAAGUGCCGUCUGCCCUAGAGGAGCGAACUCGCGAACGAAGCAACGAAAACAAUAAAGCAAGGAACUAAAAAGCGCAUAGCAGAAGCCCUGGGCUUUGUUGUCGGUGCGGAAAACUACUUAGUUUUGCUGUUCACUUUCUACAUUGCUGUCCGUCGAUUGGGUCUUGUGCAUUACGUUACAAUUUUUAUUAAAACAGAAAUCGGUUGCGAAACAGCUUGCAAUUCAGAGUCGCUGCAGCCUACGGAAUGUGGGAAUAUUGAACGGUUUUCGCAAGGUCUUGCGAUGUUUGAUCCCGGAAACUGAAUCGAGCGAAAGGAGUGCAACAUAACUGUGAAAACCGGAUCCUGGUAGGGAAAAUAGGAAUAUUCAUUCAGCCCUCCACAGCCAUCCGCUGCGUCUCCGCUGGUCGGAAGUGCGUCUCAUCUUGCAAACAGUGCAUCAUCCAAUGGUGUGUGAGGGUACACAUCAAAACGUUUUGUGACAGGUCGCGUUAUCGCCAGAGCAGUAGAAAAGCGCAGCAAAAGGAGGAGGUUACAAAGCAACUUUAUUUACGACACACUUUUUUGUUUGGUACCGUGGAGUGAAUGCAACUUGCGGGUUUUGGUUGCAUUUCGGAACGAGCCGAUUGAAGCCGUACAGGGCGAGCGCAAGCAUAAAUCAAAAGGUGAAAGUGAAACAUUUGUGAUACUCGAUCGGACACGAGUAGUAGAGAGUGGUGCAUUAGUACGCAAAAUGUGCUCCGUCUCCAGGAUGCGGGGCUGUGGGAAUGGAAGCCGGCUGGUAAUUUCUGCCAUUCUUGUCAUCGUCCUGUCGUCGCUCGUGCACCAAUCCAACGCAGCAGAGUAUCAUAUAGAUUUGAAAACCUCCGGUUCGGUCGUACUUGGGCUGAACUCGACGGUGGAAUUUUAUGCCGUACUAUACACAGACGGGUCAUUGGUGAACGAUGAUUACGUUGUGAAUUGGAUGGACAACACAUCACCCCAGCAUAAAUUAGAAGAUGUUACCUCGAAAUCGCCACGUUUUAAUUGGACCGUCCUGUACUCGCAUCCGGUGAAACCCGGCACAUACGAGGUCACUGUUUCCGUGAAAAGGAUGUACUUUAUCAUUCCAUACCCGUUGGCCACGGCCAAAAUUUCGUUCAAUUUAACAAGUAUGCUCAAUGGCGAGAUGCAGCUGGUGCAGAACGAAACCGUCAUCAACAGUACCUACAUCUCGAGCACGCUACCGUUAAACCAAACUAUUGCUCUCUCGGACAGCGAUAAAAAAGCCCUUGAAAAGGCAGCGUACGUCAACACGUUCUGGUUCAUCAAUUGCCAGUACAUUGGCACCUCGAACGAACUGUCCACGCUCAGCAACUUCACCCGGGAAAACGAUACCUACACGAUAGAGGCACUUCUAGUGGCAUCGUUUGAAAAGCUUCCCGAGCCGACAACAACAACAACUACCACUACUACGACUACUACAACAACUACUACUACAACCACUACAACAACCACCACAACUCCGUCAACAACCACGAGUAGCACAACAACAACUACUCCGACGCCACCGACGACAACGUCCACAACGCCUUCCACUACCACCUCAACGUCUACACCCAAACCAUCCACGGUGAAUCCGAGUCAAGAGACAAGAAGGAAACGAGAUGCCGAGCAAGGAGAUGAGACAUUGCCCGAAGCCCUGCGAAGCAUAAGUCCUGCAUUGCUCAAUCUAACCGAUAGAAGCAACAUUUUGUUGCCAGGAGAUGCUUCAAAGGAGGUUACGUUGAACCUACCAGCGAGUGAUCCUGCUUGGUUGCAGGUGACCAAGAAGUCCGAUAAAAUGUUCAACCUGGAGGAUUCAAGGCAACCGUACGUUUGUGGCAACAGCUCAAUGAUUCCACCAGAUCCAAAGAAGGUUUAUGGUCACUUUCAGCGUACCUUCACGGUCCAGAGACCGAUUGCCCAUUUUAAUGUGUCCGGGCAGCAGUGGGUGAGGCAAGGACAACCGGUGGAUUUAGUAUUUCAGUGCAGCGGUACGCCACCGUUCGAGUUUUGUUUCAACGUGAACCGCGGUCAGCACAAUACGACAAACGAUGAAACGUGUAGCAAUAUAUGGGAACCGACGCGUGACGGCGAAUGUCGGUUUAAAAUUCAUCGAUUCUUCUUCACCAACGACCAAUACUCGAUCGUGAUCUUCGUUCGCAACCGCGUCUCGAACUAUUUCACGCAAAUCGGCAUCCAGUUUUACGAGAAUCAACCCAAGUCACAACUGUCGGUCAUUAUCGUACCGAUCGGGUUCUGUCUGCUGGCCGUAAUUAUGGUGGUGUUUGGGAUGGCCUACUACAUCCAGAACCGCGAUCGGUUCAUCGUGGAGGUGGCCGACUUCAACUUCGGCGACACGAGUUCGCUGGACGACGACAUGGAGUACAAAACAUUCCACCAACGGCUGGUGGACAGCUUGCGCGACUCGGUAAGAAUACCGCGGCUGAACUUCCGCCGCUCUAGUGCCCACGAUGUAGACGAUGUAUCGCCGUCCGGGCCCGCUGGAGAAUCAUCUCUCCGGUACGGUUCGAUGACCUAAGCGGUCGAGGUAAGUUUUUAGUUGCGCGGAUGCGUUUUGAGCGUACGUGGAAAGAAUCGAAGAAAGCAUUUCCUGGGGUUAACUUUUCUAUCCCAACCCAUUUUGAUUUACUAACAAAAGUCGAGUCAAUUGCUAGGGGCAGCAUGGCCAACAGAAAUGUGUGUAUCACGUUGAUCAAGGAUCUAGGAUUCGAUUGUUAAUGCUUUAAUAAACCAAGAACUACCAUAGUAUGCUAAAAGUUCAUACGCAAAGAUACAAAUGUAUGAAAUACUGUUUGAACAUGAUUGAAGACAAUUCAAGAAAGGAGGGCAUCUUUCUCUUCAUUUUCCCGAUUUAUUUGAUCGUGAGCAACAACUGUUUCUGUCUUAAGCACUAUCUUUAUACAUUGUUUUCGGCAUAACAGAGAGAAUCGAAAUUAAAAGACUGUUCUAUUGGUUUAUUUCGGAGGCAAUGCGUUGCGAUCUCCGUUCGAUAUUGAUUCAGUUUUCUGUACAGAAGCACGUAUAUUUCGUUUAUUAUUUCGCUAAAGAGUUUAUUUUCUUUCUCAGACACGCUUUAUUAUGUCAAGGAUGGUGUUGGGAGAACAUAAUGAUCUAUUGCUUGAAAAACUAUUCCAUGCAUACAACACUGCGAAAAGCAAACUAAGAAACAGUACGAACAACACAAUGCUUAUAUAAUAUAAUAUAUUCAACGUUUUGUACGACGAUUCUAUAAUGUGAUACUGAUAUAUAUGGUUUAUUUUAUGAUAUUUUUUAUCGUUUCCAAAGGAACCCCGUCCUUUUUAUGGAACAAUAUAAUACAACCCAAACUGCCAAAGAAAGCUCAUGGAAACCUGUAUGCUGUUCUCAACACAGCUCACUUGAGUGUUUCUUUACUUCAUGGUUUGGCCAUACA